ACCUUCAUGACGUGUUCUGGUUUUCCAAGAAUUUCAAACAGUCGGGGAUUUUUUGCCUUUACGCAUACGGUCCGGCGCAGUUUCAAAACAGUUUUCAUUUUGAGAACCAGAACAAACCUAACGGAAAUGAUAUGUUCUUGAGGCUUUGCAAGAACAAGGCCAAAUGAUUACCAAUAAAGAAGAAAAAGAGAGGUUUUGCCGGUUUUGGUUUUGUUUUUAUUUUUAUGUGAAUGUGAAGUGUGAAUAUCCAAAACACAAAACGGUAUUUUUAUCUCUUAUAUGCAAAUGAAACUAGCAAAUCACAUACUUCUAUAGUUAUACUUAUUUUAGUUAUGUGUGGAAUUACUUUAAUAAUUUCUAAACGUUCCUCUGUUAAUAUAUGUAUUUCAGAUAUUCUUAAUAAAUUUCAAGAAAUUAUUUCCAGAAGAGGCCCAGAUCACAUCGGUUUUGAAAAGUGGAUUACAGAAAAUAAUGUUACCUUGCUAUUCACUGCAAGUGUUCUUUGGUUGCAAGGAAACACUUUAACAAAACAACCUGUUCAUAAUGAAAAUUCAAUUUUAAUAUAUAAUGGGGAUUUAUUUAAUGGAGUACCUGAAGAAUUUCGAAAGGAAUAUGGUGAUACAAAAUAUUUGUUUAAUAUUUUGAAUGAAUCUGAAGACAUUCAUGCCUCGCUCUGUAAAUUACAAGGACCAUAUGCGUUUAUUUACUUUGAUAAAUUAAAAAAUAAGAUAUUCUUUGGUAGGGAUAAAUUUGGUAGGCGCAGUUUACUUAUUGGUAAAAAUGAAAAUGUACUAAUAUUAUCUAGUGUUGCUAAAAGGACCAAAGAUUUUGAGUUUAUGGAGUUACCAUCUGUAGGAACAUUUUCAUGGGAUCUGAGUAGUGAUACUUUAGAACUGAAUCCAUAUAGCCAGAAAUAUACAACUAAAUUAGGUGAAUUAGAAGCAUUUUUGAAUAAAACAUUUAAAGUAAAUAAUUGUUCUAUAGCAGAAGAAACAACAUUUUUAGGACCUGAUAAUGAUAAAAUUGCUUUAUUAAGUAGAUUACAAGGUUUAUCUGUUAAUGAAGCUUUUUCUCUUUUACUUAAUAAUUGCCAAUGGUCCUGUAAUGUAACUAUAUUAAAAGAACUGUUGGAAGAUGCAGUCAGAAGAAGAAUUUCGUAUCAACCAAAGUUAUGUAAAAUGUGCAUUCUUGAGAAAUAUAGUUGUAGUCAUUCUUCUGUUGGAGUGUUAUUUUCUGGAGGAGUAGAUUGUUCAAUAUUGGCACUUCUAUCAAAUCAAUUUGUUGAUAAAGGACAACCUAUUGAUUUAUUUAACAUUUCUUUUGAUGAAGCAAAUGGUUUUAUGUCUCCAGAUAGAGUAACAGGUUUGCAAACUUUAGAAGAACUGAAAGUACUUUGUCCAGAUAGGAAUUGGAGAUUUAUAGAAAUUAAUAUCACUAAAGAAGAAUUGGAAGAAAAGAGAAAUAAUCAUAUAGCAAAUUUAAUUUAUCCAUUAAAAACUAUUAUAGAUGAUGACUUAGGUUGUGCUCUUUGGUUUGCUAGUAGAGGAAUAGAUGAUUCACAUUGUAGAGUUCUGAUAGUUGGUAUGGGUGCUGAUGAACUAUUUGGAGGUUAUACAAAACAUAGAGCUGCUUUCAAAAAAGACUCUUGGCUUGGAUUACAUAAUAAAUUAGAUGAUGAUUGGCAAAAUUUACCUUAUAGAAAUCUUGCCAGAGAUGAUAGAGUUGUGUCCGAUCAUGGAAGACAGUUGCGUACACCAUACCUAGACGAGAAUGUUGUAAAUUUUGUUCAUAGUUUACAAUGUUGGGAUAAAUCAUUCCCUACCGAUAAACUACCUCAUGGAUUUGGUGAUAAAAUUCUUCUUAGAUGUGUAGCAUUCCAAUUAGGAUUAAAAAAAGCAGCUUAUUUAAAGAAACGAGCAUUACAAUUUGGAUCGAGAAUAGCAAAUAGUAAGGAAGCAGCCCAUAAAGUGUCAGAAAGAUUGUGAUGUAAUUCAGAUAUGAAUUAGAGAGCAUAAUGAGGAAACCCUCUGAGAGAGCAAAAGGAGCAAACCCGAUAUGAAAACUAAACGAGCAGACCCCAUGAGAACAAAAAAUUCA